UUUGUUUUAUAGAUUUGAAAUCAACUAACACCUAUACCAUCGCGAUGGAAGAGGAAACAGAAGUGAAUACUUAUAUCGAUACUACAGAUAGCCAACCAACAAUUAUUUCAAAGUCUCAAGAACUGGCACGUGACCAUAAAGAACUUGAGAACUUCUCAUCGGAUCACGCAUGUACAUCCCAGUGCAACUGUCAAAUAACUAUAAAAGAACACAAAGAAACUCAAACUCGUGAAGCUGGAAUUACAUUUACAUUAAGGAACGAUGAAGGUAAUAGUACACAAGAGAUAUUUUAUACUACUCGAAAUUUACCAGAAAUUAAUUUCCAUAACCGAACUAUAAAUGAUCCUCGCAAUGAAGAUUUUGCAAGAAUUGUGGCGUUUGAAUUAGAACGCUUGCCUGAAAACAUGCGAACUAUAGCUUAUUCAACAAUAUUUAACACAAUUCAAUCGUUAAAAACUGAAAUGGCAGCUGAGGAUUUGCAUCCCAUUACUAGUGAUAACGUUAAUAAGCAUGGUGAUUUGAGUGAAACACAAAAUAAAAAGAAUUUAAAGCAAAGAGUCCUUAAAAACUUAAAAAAGAUGUACGGUAAUUUACCGCCUUAAGGUCUUAGGUCUAAGGUCCCACUAUUGUAGUCCAUAUUUUGUUUUGGUACUUUAGAGGUAAACAAUCUUGUUAUGUUUUUUAUCAUAAAAAAUAUUUUUAAAAUAGGCUAAGGUUAAUAGCAAAAGUAAUUCAUUAGAACAUCUGUUAUUUCAUUUUGUUUCAUCUUGUAAUGGCUAUAAAUUAUUUUAUAAAUGUA